GACGCACGUGCGGUUCGACGGUUAAUUGCUUUGAUCAUCAAAGCCAAUUUGCUGCCUUUAAGGCCCAGUCGGUCAUUUUCCUGUGUUGUGUUUUGUUUUUUUGUUUAAAAAAAAUAAAAGAGUAAAGUUCAAGCUAAGAAACGGUAAUAGUGACACUUGUUGAUAAAAGUAGAUUGCGCCUCUUCCUCCUCCUCCGUUGAGGAAGCGGGCGGCCCGCCUCCCUCCCCCUUUUUUCGUGUGUGUCAUUGAGCCCCCGCUCGGCUCCAUGAGUGACAAUCCGCGGCGGACCGACAGACACGCUCCGUGGAUCAGGACCCGCUCGGAUGGCAGCGACUCCCCGCUAAGCAGCACGACAGGCGGCACAACACCCAAGUGGCGAGUCGGGGGGUGGGUGGGGGGUCUGUACGUCAAACUCAAAGAGGUCGGCAUGGACGGCCGAGGCACCCUGAAGAUGUUCGCUCGCAAGAAGAGGGAACUUAUUAAAACGCCGUCCAUCUCGAAGAAGAGCCGGAGUGGAAGUCCAGGACCUCCGAAUACGUUGUCCAUCCUCCAGGAGCAGCCCCGGAAAGAUGGUGGCGACUUCACCUUCUCCCCGUCGCCCACCUCUUCCUCCUCCUCCUCGUCAUUGCUCACCCCGACCUCUGCCGGGCUUCAGGAUCCCUCCCAGUCCCACCCAGGCAUCCCCAGUCCCCAGCACAUUAAGCUGCCGCCAAUGCUGUCACCCGUUGCCACCCUAAGGAGGCCGACCACACUGAGCCGACAUGCCAGCGCUGCAGGGUUCACUCUUCAGUCGUGGGUGUUCGCCAAAGGCCAGGCCAAAGGAGCGUUGACCCCCACACCACCGUCCGACAGUCCCGAUGGCGCUGCCAUUGAGGUGGAAGACAUCCCUGCCUUGCUGAGGGAUGUGGCGCGCUUUGCAGAGGCAGUGGAGAAGCUGAAGGACGUUGUAGUGCUGGCGGAAGGUACUGAGAAUCAGCGACCCGUAGCCCACGAAUGUCUGGGCGAGGUGCUGCGCGUGUUGCGGCAGGUCAUCAACACAUACCCCUUCCUGAACACUGUGGAGAUCCUAACUGCUGCAGGAAAACUAAUAUCCAAAGUCAAAGGCUUCCACUAUGAGGCCUACAACGACUUGGACAAAAAAGACUUUGAGAAGGCGAUUGAGACCAUUGCAGUUGCUUUUAGCAGCAAUGUGUCUGAGCUGCUGAUGGGCGAGGUGGACAGCAGCACACUGCUGUCAUUGCUGCCCACUGACAAAAGUCGGUCCAUGGAGAACCUGUAUGGCGCUUCAACCCAAGAUAGUGGCCAGCUGGGGGGGAACUCUGAGGACAUGGGCAGCAUCGAGGGAGUGGACAGAAUCCUCCAGCGCAGCGAGGGUGGCGUUGACUCUGCUUUGCAGUACGCCAAAACCAUUUCCAAAUACAUGAAGGAUCUGAUCAGUUAUGUUGAAAAGAGAACCUCGCUGGAGAUGGAGUUCUCCAAAGGUCUUCAGAGAUUAUACCACUCCUGCAAGCACAGCAUAACACAUCCCCACAUGCCCCUCUUCUCCAUCUACUCUCUGGCUCUAGAACAGGACCAAGAGCUCAGUUUGGGACUCCAGCAGGCCAGCACCACCCUGCACAACCAGACCUUCAUCCAGCUGCUGGUGCAGCGCAAGCAGGAGCACGAGAAAAGGCGGAAGGAAAUCAAGGAGCACUGGAUUCGAGCAAAGAGAAGGCUGAUGGACUCUGAGUCCAACCUGCGGAAGGCCAAACAAGCUUACCUAGCCCGUUGUGAGGACUAUAAUGCCAAAGCGGCUGCCAGCCGAGCCGAGGAGGAGGGAACGGGAGCCACGGCCAAGUCGUUGGACAAAAAGAAGCGAUUGGAGGAAGAGGCUCGCAACAAGGCGGAGGAAGCAGAGGCAAGUUACAGAACGUGCAUCGCCGACGCCACCACUCAGAUGGGUGAGCUGGAGGAGACCAAGGUCACAGUGCUGAAACAGCUGCAGGACAUCAUCAAACAGAGCGACCAGACUCUCCGUUCGGCGACCAUCUCCUACUACCAGCUCAUGCACAUGCAGACAGUCGCCCUACCCGUCUGUUACCAGACUCUCUGCGAGAGCAGCAAACUGUACGACCCUGGCCAGCAGUAUGCUGCGCAUGUCCGAGACCUGCAGCUACCUGACCAGCCCACCGUUUGCUACAACUUUGAAGCUUACACACCUUCCGGCAUAUCGCCUCAUGGCCACAGACCGCGGAUUGACAGCUUCAACACGGAGCAGACUAGCCAUUCAGACAGUCCCACCAUCACUGUGGACGCAGACACCCACCGACAAGCAAGGCCGGGUCACAAGUCAUGGGGUUCGACGAUGAGUGAUGACAGCAUCGUUGGAGACGGUGGCCUGGAGUCUCCCACAACCAGCACAAGUAAUCUCAUCACGUUGUCGUUAAAAGUUUCUCAGCAAUCAUGUUUACACCGCUUUCUUUCAUUUGUGCUAGCCGACAUCACUAAAAUGGCUCGGACGUCAUCCACUGGGACAGUUUCGUCUAAUGAUGAUAUGGAUGACAAAGACAGGAAUGUGGCUUCAUUUGAGACGCCAAACAUCAACGGCAUGGACCCAGACGUAGUGGUUUCCACCAGACCUUUCCGCAACGUGGGCUUGUCCAAAGCCGCAAAAACGCACCGUAUGAGGAAGCUGCGGACUCCCGCGAAGUGCCGUGAGUGUGACAGCUACGUGUACUUCCAGGGCGCCGAGUGCGAGGAGUGCUUCCUGGCGUGUCACAAACGCUGUUUGGAGACUCUGGCCAUUCAGUGCGGACACAAGAAGCUGCGGGGCCGUCUGCAGCUCUUUGGCAGGGAUUUUAAUGCGGUGGCCGGCUGUGCCAGCGACUGCAUCCCCUUCAUCAUCACCAAGUGCGUCUCUGAGAUAGAGAGACGGGCGCUGAAGAUGAAGGGCAUCUACAGGGUGAACGGGGUCAAGACCCGAGUGGAGAAGCUGUGUCAGACCUUUGAGAACGGCAAGGAGCUGGUGGAGCUGUCGCAGUGUUCUCCACAUGACAUCAGCAAUGUGCUCAAGCUUUACCUGCGACAGUUGCCAGAGCCCAUCCUGCCUUUCCACAUCUACAACAGUCUGGUAGGUUUGGCCAAGGAGAGCAUCCAGGGUGAGGCAGACCCCACAGAGUCCAGUGGUGACUUGCCAGUAGUGAGCAGGGGGUCCCAGCUGGUGGAUCUGGGCCCAGACACAGAGCCAGAGACUCUGGUGCUAGUGGAGAAACUGAGGGAGCUUCUGAAGGAGCUUCCCAAGGCCAACAUGGCGACUCUGCGAUACCUCAUUCACCAUCUUCGACGGAUCGCAGAGUUGGAGGAGGAGAACAAAAUGUGUGCCAGCAACUUGGGGAUCGUGUUUGGCCCCUCCUUGAUGCGCCCGCGUCCCACCGGGGCCACCAUAUCUCUUUCCUCUCUGGUGGACUACCCCCACCAGGCCCGCAUUGUGGAGGCCCUCAUUGUCUUCUACUUCUCCAUCUUCCAGUCCAAAAGCUCUCGGAGCUUUGAAACCUACCGCUCUGUUUCCUCAUCUUCUCACCUGCAGGCUCAGGUUAGCGAAGACAUGACGAGUAGCUCCCCCAACGGCGAAGAGGACGGAGGCCGACUGAGGAAGAGCAAAUCUGAGUCCGACAAAAUGGAUGAAGGUGUGUCUUCAGGGUCCAGCGAGCAGCUUCCCGACUCCGACUCUGAGCUGGACGACAGCGCUCCAAGAGGACCAAGCGAGCAAGAAGACCAACUGAGCAACAGAGACAGCUUAGACCUUUCCAGCCCUACUGAUCCAGACCAAGAGGCGGACCUCAGCCACCCGGACCACGUGCAGCCUCCGCAGUUGCCGCAGAGCGGGCCCCCCGACGAGGACACGGGGGUCGUCAAGGGGGAUCUGUGCUCCUCGCUCGCCGGGCUGAACGUGAACCAGUCCAACAAUUACUACUACUGCUCACCGCUCUCUGGACGCUCAAGAAUCUUACUGGCUCGCUUGUGCGGGAAGAAAUUACCGCUGACAAAGUACCGAGCCAGUGAGCCUGAAUUUGUCUGAAUGAUCGAUCACAAAGGUUGAGAUUGUUCAAAUAAUCUCUUUAAUCUUCUGCAGCUUUUAUCAUCUAAAAUGUUUUAAUGCAAUCUUGCUGUGUAACCUAGUAUUACAUUGGCUCAUAUUUUCACGCCUUAAAUUGCUGCUGGUUUUAUUCCCGCACUUUUUUCCCUCCUAAUUCAUGUUUCACUCUUAUACAUGUGUUGUCUGUUUUAAUAAAACGAUAUAUUUA